GAAGAAAAGCGAAUCCUGGAGCUCGGAGGCCACGUGGGGUUUGACAGUUUUCCAGAUCAGUUGGUCAGCAAAUCAGUUGCACAGGGAUUCUGCUUCAACAUCCUCUGUGUAGGUGAGACAGGAAUAGGCAAGUCAACAUUAAUGAACACUCUUUUCAAUACGACAUUUGAAAAUGAGGAAGCCAGCCACUAUGGGAGUGAAGUACAGCUACGCCCACAAACAUAUGAGCUGCAGGAGAGCAAUGUCAACCUCAAGCUGACCAUUGUGCACACUGUAGGGUUUGGAGACCAGAUCAACAAAGAAGAAAGCUAUAAACCCAUUCUUGAGUACAUCGAUGCCCAGUUUGAAAAGUACCUUGAAGAGGAGCUAAAAAUAAAACGCUCCUUGUUUAACUGCCAUGACACACGAAUCCACAUCUGCCUGUAUUUCAUCGCUCCCACCGGACACUCCCUAAAGUCCCUCGAUCUUGUCACAAUGAAGAAACUGGACAGCAAGGUAAACAUCAUCCCUGUUAUUGCAAAGGCAGACACGGUAUCCAAGAGUGAACUGGACAAAUUAAAGAUCAAGAUUAUGAGUGAGCUGGUCAGUAAUGGAGUGCAGAUUUAUCAGUUCCCUACAGAGGAUGAAGCUGUCGCAGAGAUCAACUCCUCCAUGAAUACUCAUCUUCCCUUUGCCGUGGUUGGAAGCGUAGAAGACGUUAAAGUAGGAAAUAAGAUGGUGAAAGCACGAUUGUACCCCUGGGGAUCAGUACAGGUGGAGAAUGAAAACCAUUGUGAUUUUGUGAAGUUGAGGGAGAUGCUACUGCGUGUGAACAUGGAGGAUCUCCGAGAGCAAACGCACGCUCGGCACUAUGAGCUUUACCGUCGCUGCAAGCUGGAAGAGAUGGGCUUCAAGGACACAGACCCGGACAGCCAGUCGUUCAGCCUUCAGGAGACGUACGAAGCCAAGAGGAAGGAGUUCCUGGUGGAUCUGCAGCGCAAAGAGGAAGAAAUGAGACAGAUGUUUGUCAACAAAGUGAAGGAGACCGAAGCAGAGCUGAAAGAAAAGGAAAAAGAGCUUCAUGAGAGGUUUGAGCAGCUGAAGCGCAUGCACCAGGAUGAGAAGAAGAAUCUGGAGGAGAAAAGACGAGAACUGGAGGAGGAGAUGAAUGCCUUCAACAGAAGAAAGGUGGCAGCUGAGACACUGAUGGGACAGGCACUCCAGGGCUGCUCACAACCAUUCAAGAAGGACAAGGACAAGAAGAAUUGAUUUAUGGAUCAAACAUCCAGGGUAACCAGGAAUGUGUCUGCCAUCAGCAUGGGAAAAAAGAAACUGUCAUAUCUGACAAUUCUUCCUGACACUGUAUGUGUGGACAUAGUGUCACAGUGACUAUGCACGUAUGUGAGCCUGAAUAAUGUGAUGGCUAUAAGCCUCUGUGUACUUUUGGAUCAAAAAGGUAGCUUUGCUCAGUGUAUUUAAUUUGUCCCUAAUGCUGACUCUGCUAGACACACAAUCCAUGGACUGUUUUCAUAACAUGUAGCUUGUGUUGUUUUAUGUUCUUGCCAUGAAUGUGUGUUCAUCUCCUGUUGUAAUUUUAAGUCUCUGUUUCUCAGUGAGACACUGACAAAACGUAUUGGAAACAGGAGACUUGCGGUUACUGACUUAACUGAACUGGUGGUUGUGAGUUAUGUUAUUGUAUUAACAUGGACUAAGCAUUUGUGUGUAUUUAUACAUGCAGUUAUUCACAAGUUGAAUGGUCUCUAGUAGAGUUGUUUUAUAAUAAAGAAUGUCUAAUAAUGUAUAUAAAAAUAUUGAUAAUUGUUUUUUAAUUGUUGGUAGUUUGAGGUAACAUAAUUAAACACUAUUCUAUGCAAAGUGAGUGAGUCUGGAAGUGAGUUAAAUAUUUUGCCUUCAUUUAUAUUAAAAUAAAUAAUGACAAUGGAAAACCGAACAGAGCAUCAGUUCAUCUGUUGGUCAGCUAGACCCAUUCCCCUUAAUUUCUCUCAGUUCUCUGGGACUACGUGUCACAUCAGUCAUUUGUGUGAUUCAAAGCAUUUCAUAUUGCACCCGUUGUCGUCAUGUCAUACCAAAUGUCCACAUACGCCACAUGUUUUUAUUUUUAACAAUAACAAAUGCUUAUUAAACUUUAUCGUUUGCACACAUUUAAUAUUUCAUGUAUUUUUCUAGUGACCAUAAUGAAUAUGUGGAGCUACUUGUU